AUGAGUGGAGACAAGACCCUGACUGACAUCCUCGUGCAGGAACUGGAGGAUCUCGAAAAGAAAGAUUUUAAAAAAUUUAGGCACAAAUUAUCUGAUUUUCGCUAUGAGGGAGCGAAACGUAAAAUCCCCCGGGGCAAGCUGGAGAAUGCUGACGAAAUGGACGUGGCCAGUCUCCUGAUAGAGUUCUAUGGCGAAGACAGUGCAGCGAACGUAGCGAUCGAAAUCUUCACCAAGAUAGGUCUGAAAAACUCUGCCGUGAAACUCCAAGAGGAAAAAGAGACAGGUACAAAAAAAUCUAACGCGGCUGCUGCCCCUGUGAAUUACAGACCAAAGUAUAAGGAACAUAUACGAGAAAAAUACCAAUUAAUAGAAGAGAGGAACAAUCAAGUUGGAGAGUGUGUGGAACUAAACACAAGAUACACAAAGCUGCUGAUUGUAAAGGAACAUCGUGACCAGAAGGAGAGAAAGCAUGAAAUAAGAGCCAAAGGGAAAGAGCAUGCAGAAAUCAUGGCAAAGCGAGCUAGUUCUACUAAACUGGAGACUUUAUUUGAUGCUAGUGGAAACAGGCAAACACCACUGAGAACCAUUGUGCUGCAGGGAGCUGCUGGGAUUGGAAAAACAAUGUUAGCCAAGAAGCUCAUGGUAGACUGGGCAUUUGGAAAACUCUAUCCUGGCAAGUUUGAUUACAUCUUCUACAUCAAUAGCAGGGAAAUGAACUGUAUUUCUGAGCGUCGAAGUGUCGCAGAUCUGAUUUUAAACAAUUGUCCUGACAGAAAUGCACCCAUCAAAGAUAUUUUGAUGAAUCCAGAGAAGCUUUUGUUCAUAAUUGAUGGUUUUGAUGUACUUAAAUUUUCCUUUGAUCAGCAAGAAAGUAAUCUGUGCACUGAUCCCUUUCAGACAAAGCCAGUUGAAAUCAUACUGAGCAGUUUAUUAAGUAAAACGAUUCUUCCAAAAUCCUACUUAAUAAUCACUACGAGACCAACCGCUCUGGAUAAACUCCGGCAGUGUCUGAAGUUUCCCCGUAUUGCAACAAUCCUGGGAUUCUCUGAAGAUGACAGGAAGGAGUAUUUCCGCAAGUUCUUUGCAAAUGCCAUACAAGCAAAACAAGCUCUAGAUUUUAUAAAAGAGAAUGAAAUGCUCUUCACCAUGUGCUUUGCUCCCAUCGUGUGCUGGAUCCUGUGCACAGUGAUGAAACAACAGAUGGAGAGCGGAGAAGAUCUAGCCAAAAGCUCAAAAACAACCACCUCGGUAUACAUGCUCUUUCUGUCCAGUUUAUUAGAGAACCAUUCCAAUUCAAAGGAAUCCGUACACACUGACUUGAAGAAGCUAUGCUCUCUAGCAGCAGAUGGGAUCUUGAACAAUAAAAUACUCUUUGAAGAAGAUGAUGCGAGGAAGCAUGGUUUGCAUGGAUCUGACAUUCAGUCACUCUUUCUUACUAAGAAUAUUUUCCAAAAAGAUAUCGGCUUUGAAAGUGUCUACAGCUUCAUUCACUUAAGUUUCCAAGAGUUCUUUGCAGCUUUGUUCUAUGUCCUGGUGGAAGAUAAAGAAAAAGGGUGUGAUUCAGUGACUCUGAAAAAAGAUGUGAAUGAAAUUUUGAAAAAUUAUGGAAAAUCUAGAGACAAUUCUUUUACCUUAAUGGUACGUUUCCUGUUUGGUCUCUUAAACAAAGUGAGAAUGAAUCACACAGAGAAAAUCUUUGGCUGUAAAAUUUCACCUGAAAUUAAACAGAAUUUAUUGAAGUGGUUUGGAUCUGUAGCAAAAAGAAGCUGCGGUCUGACCUUCAGAUCCCUCGAGGAAAAGCAAUUCCAGCUUGAGUUGCUUCACUGUUUAUGCGAGAUUCAGGAAGAAGAGUUUGUCAAAAGUGCAAUGGAUUGUUUCCAAGAAAUUGGUCUGAGCAAUAUUCACUUUACAAAAAUCGACCACAUGGUUCUUUCAUUUUGCAUAAAGAAUUGUCGUAACGAGCAGUCGCUCUCUCUGAACGGUUGUACGUUUGGACUGGAAGAGCAGGAGGAAAGAAAAGACUCAGUGCUACAAAAGGAGUUGGAGGAGAAGGAGCCAAAAUAUUCCCCACCUCACCUUUUGUGUCAAGCACUGAAGGAUCCAGGCUGUAAGCUAAAGAAAAUAUCUUUAGGGUGCUGCCGCCUCACCUCUGCUUGUUGUGAGGAUCUCGCCUCUGCUCUCAAGACAAACCAGUCUCUGAAAGAGCUGGACCUGAGCGGUAACAAACUGGGGGAAACAGGGAUUAAAUUGCUCUGUAAGGGACUGAAACAUCAAAACUGCAAUGUUCAGAAACUGGGGCUGAGGGGUCGCAGUCUCACCGCUACUUCCUUGGGCGACCUCGCCUCUGUGCUCACUAAAAACCAGAGCCUGACAGAGCUGGACCUGGGCUAUAGUAAAUGGGGAGAUUUAGGCGUGAAGUUGCUGUACAAAGCACUGAAGCAUCCAAACUGUAAACUACAGAAAAUAAAGCUGGAGUGUUGCCUUCUCACAGCUGCUUGUUGCGAUGACCUUGCCUCUGUUCUCGGGACCAACCAGACCCUGACGGAGCUGGACCUGAGAAAUAAUGAGCUGAGGGAUUCUGGAGUGAAACAUCUGUGCGCCGGACUGAAACGAGAGAACUGUAAAAUACAGAAACUCGUGCUGUCCAACUGCUAUUUCACAGGAGCUUGUUGCUGGGAUCUCUCUGCCGUUCUCAGUAAAAGCCAGUCCCUGAGAGAGCUGGACAUGUGCUAUAAUAAACUGGGAGAUGCAGGAAUGAAGCUUCUGUGUGAUGGGCUGAGACAGCCAGACUGCAAACUACAGAAACUAAGGCUGACCGGGUGUGGUCUGACCCCUGCUUGUUGCGAAGAUCUCUCUGUUGUCAUAACAACAAACCAGUCACUGACAGAGCUGAAUAUCAAUCAAGAUGUGCUGGGAGAUUCAGGAAUGAAACGGCUGCAUGAUGCAGUGAGAAGCGCAAGCUGUAAGCUGCAUCCACUGCUCUUGAAUGGAGAAUCUAUUAAGAGAGAUGGAGAUGACAAGGGUGAUGAAGAGGGCUAUAAUGGCGAUGAAGACUACAACGGCGAUGAAGACUAUAGUGGUGAUGAAGACUACAAUCCUGAAGAUCAUCUCUGACCACGUCAGCAGAAUUUUCACCCUUUCCCACUUGCUUAAAAUCAGUCAUCAUCUCCUUCUAGAAAUGGCAAAUGAUGAAACAAACCACGUACACCCUUUCUUUUAGGGGAAAACAGAUUUUACAUGAAUAAACUGAUUAAAAUCCCACAAAGUAGGUUCCAGGCCUAGCAUAACAUCACUGGAGAUCAGCUUUGCCAAAGAAAGACGUUUUUCUGCUUAGAAAAAUGCCUGUUUUUCAACAACAACAAAUUAGUUCAAGAAAUUUCAGUCAUCUUUAUUCACAGGACACUGCCUGCAGUUCAGACUUUCACAAAUCCUGCUCAGUCCCACAAAUCCUUUGAGAACCAGGAUCAGAGUGGAAUGUGAUUUGCAGCAGUGGCAUGAAACCACCAGGGUGACGGGCACUUUAGAAAUAGGUGGUCGGUUGAAAAAUGCUAUUUGACCCAUGAAACAUUUAAGACUAAGAACAUAAAAUAACAAAAUCAAUUUAUAUUGACUGACACAAACAGCAGUGUUCUAAUUCCAUAAAGCACAAUAGGAUACGCUGAAAAGCUAUAAAGGAAAUAGAGUUCGGUACAACUGCCAUACUGACCUUACAACGGUAAAAGAGAGCCAUCUGGUAGAGAAAGUGAAAAACAGCAGUGUCAAAGCAUAUGGAGGAAUUAGAGUUUCUUGUAUGAUAACAAGUAACCUUGGCAUCAUUUUAGAUAGUUCAAUGAAGCCCUCUGCUCAAUGUGCCGCUGCAGUCAGACACAGCACACAAAAUGUUAGGAUGCAUAAGAAAUGGUGUGGAGAGUAAUGCUGAUAAUAUUUUAAUGUCAUUGUAUAAAUCAAUAGUGUGGCCUGCUCUGUAAUUCUGUGUGGAGAGUCCUCAGAAAGGAUAUUGCAGAACGAGGGGGGGGUUCAGAGAAAGGUGAUGAGAAAAACCAAGGGCCUGGAAAAACUCUCCUAUGAAGAGAGAUUGAAAAGACUGAAAUUGUUUAUGUUA